UUCCACGACAACGGCCCCGCCCCCGCCCCCCGACCAACCGGAUCCAAAUCGCCGCCCGCCAUGGAUUUCCUCUUCAACUCGCUCGCCGCGCCCGACCCGGCCUCCCCGCCGCCGGAGCCGGAGGCCGCCGCGGGGUCCUCCUCGUCCUCCCCGCCCGCCGACUCCGGCGACGGGGGCGGGUGGGGCGGCUUCGGCGGGCUGCUCAAGACCCUCACCUCCCAGUCCGAGACCGUGCUGGACGCCUACCGCCGCGACCUCGCCGAGUUCAGCACCGGCCUGCGCCGCGAGACCGACGCGCUCCGCGAGGCCGCCGCCCAGGCGGCCCGGGACCUCCCCUCCUCGGCCCUCGCGCUCGACGGCCUCGCCGACAUCGUCGCCCAGGGCAAGGGCGCCAUCGCCCAGGUCGCCGCCACCGCCGCCGCCUCCGCAGCCUCCCCGCCCGCGCCCUCCGACGCCGGCGGCCCCGACUCCGACCCCGGCCCCGCCUCGGGCCACCUGCGGUACUACAGCCGCUUCGAGGCGCAGCUGCGCGCGCUCCAGUCGGAUCCGGCCACCUUCACAGCCGAUCCCGAGGACGCCGAGGACUUCGCGGCCUGGGGCGCGGGGUUUAGCCUCCAGGAGAGGCAGGACGAGAUCGAGGCGCUCUGCUACGAGAGCGACGCCGUGGAAGGGAUGGUGGACAGGCUCGUCCCCGACGCCGUGGACGGCGAGGUGUUCUGGGCCAGGUACUUCUACCGCGUCCACAAGCUCAAGCAGCAGGAGGACGCCAGGGCCAAGCUCGUCAAGCGGGUCAUCGCGCAGGAGGAAGAGGAGGAUUUGAGCUGGGAGGUGGAUGACGAGGUUGAGGAGGAGGAGCCGGCAAAAGAGGAGGCGAUCAAGCAAGCACCGAUCAAAGAAGAACCGAAACCUGAAGUACAGGAAAGAGAAAAUGAGAAACUGGAGGCAGAAGGCAGAGUCAAUGCAGUUGAAGAGGCCGGUGCUCUGGAUAAGGAAUGGAAGAAGGCUGAUUCACCGCAGCCGGAUGUUUUCGGUAGCUCUAUGGUGGUAGUCGACAAGGAGGAGAAAGAAGAUGCAUCGAAAUUGAAUGUUGAAGAAUCAAGUGACAAGAAAACUGCUGCUGAGGAACCACAUUCUACCACUGGAGAUGCUGCGGUGAAAGAAGGGACAAAGCAUGAGACAAGUGACUCGAGCAAGGAUAGCGACUACUCCAUGGUGUCUAGACAGCGAACAGCGACCGAGGAGGAUCUCGAAUGGGACGAGAUUGAGGAUCUCGGGGAGCAUGAGGAGAAGAAGGGGAGCGCUCAUGGCUCAAGCUCUGCUCCAAAGGAGGAGCUACGUAAGAGGCUCAGUGUCGCAGAAGACGACGAGGAUUUGAGUUGGGACAUUGAGGAUGAUGAUGAUGAUAAGGCCUGAAAAGCCAUUCUGGUAUGGUAGUGUCGAUUGUAUUGUCUACAUUUUUUAUAUACCAUUACUGUGCAAGAUACUAUCAUGUGACCAAUAAACAUUGGUUUAGCUGCGCUGCUUAUGUUAUGGAUACGUGUGUAAACUCAAGUUUGAUGUUAUCAAGUGGCAUUUGGCAAUGCGUCAAUUUGCUAGUAA